CUGAAAAUCACCUCCAUAAUCUGACAUCCAUGGCUACAACAUAUACUAUAAUAAUAAUAAUAAUAAUAAUUUUUUUCUCUUUUUCCUAUCCAACUUUUUAAUGCUUACCCUUCACUCUUUACCCCACUACCCCAACCCACAACUUGCCUCUUUCACGCACACACACACACACAGAAGAAAAGUAGUAAACAAUGUUGUUCUUGUUUUGAGAUUUUCUUGAUCUCAUAAAGGUGGAGUCUUUUUACCUGCAUUGUUGUAUUUUGGGUUAGUUUGUGAGUUUUUACUAAGUGGGGUUUGGUUAUUUUGUUUGAUUUGUAUGAAUGAGAAAGGAAUAGGGCAGUGGAAAUUUUUUUCUUCAGCUAUGGAGUCUGCAUUAUCAGGUCUCGUUCUCGAUCCCUAUAAAUUUAGCCAAUUGAGUAUGGAAGAUAGAAGGCAAUUAGUACAUGAAAUUUCCCAAUGCCCUGAAGAUGCGCCGAAGAUCUUGAGCUCGCUGACCAGAAAAGAACUACUAGAGAUUAUAUGUGCUGAGAUGGGCGAAGAGAGAAAAUACUCUGGCUACACAAAAUUCAAAAUGAUAGAUCACCUUCUAAAGCUGGUUUCCUGUAAGUCUAACACAGAUACUGGCCCUACCUUCAAAAGGCAGCGGACGCAAGAAUAUCAAUGUCAACCUUCGGUUCAGAAUGAUGAAGUUAAUCGGGAGAUGGGAAGCAAAACCCAGGUCCUACUCUGUCAUAAUCUGGUAUGUAGAGCUUCUCUUGAAAGAGAUGAUGUUUUCUGCAAACGAUGUUCUUGCUGCAUUUGUCAUCAGUACGAUGAUAAUAAAGACCCUAGCUUGUGGUUAACCUGUGAUUCUGAUUCUCAAGAUGAAACUAAACCAUGUGGAUUGUCAUGCCAUCUAAAAUGUGCACUUGAGCAUGAACAAUCAGGCAUAUUGAAGAAUUGCAUCAAUCCAAAAUUGGAUGGAGAUUUCUAUUGUGUUUCUUGUGGAAAAAUUAAUGGGAUAAUGAGAACCUUGAGAAAACAAUUGAUGACAGCAAAGGAGGCGAGAAGAGUUGAUGUGCUGUGUUUAAGAAUCUCUCUGAGCCAUAAAAUUCUAGAGAAAACUGAGAAAUACAAAGGACUGCUGAAAGUUGUUGAAUUGGCUGCUGAGAUGCUGAAGAAUGAAAUAGGGCCUCUUGCACAGGCAUCAGAGAAAAUGGAUCGCAGGAUAGUGAACAGGCUUUCUUGCGGUACUGCUGUUCAGAAUCUUUGUGGCUCUGCAGUGGGCACUUUUGAUUCCAUGUUUCAGAAUCAAUUCUCUAGUCAUACGAAAAUGGAAGAGACUCCGAUGUCUUGCCGGAUACAUCUUGAGGAGCAAUCUCCAUCUAAAGUAACGAUUGUCUUCGAAUAUGAUGAUUGUGUGCUGAAAGAACUUAUGGGCUUCAAAUUGUGGUACCGGAAGUCCACAACAAACAAAUAUCCUGAUGAGGCAACUUUUAUUGCACUAAGCCCUGUGAAGAAAUUUAAGCUGGAUGGUCUUGAUCCUUUGACACAGUACUUCUGCAAGGUUUCUUUCUUCAACAAGGCAGCGACUUUGGGGGUUCAGGAGGUGAAUUGGGUAACACCUCCUGUACAGACAAGCUACAAGUCAGGUUCAGAUAAUGCCACUAUAGAUACUACACUGAUGCAUGCUGAGUCAAUGAGUUCUACUGACCACAAACUAACAACUUAUGAUCCAAAACCAUGCUCCCUGAAUGACAUUGAAAGCCAAGCUAAUGCAUCUCCUGUAUCCCCUCUUCCCAAGAUGCACAUUCCUUUAGCUAGUCCACUUUCAAGUGCACCUGCCACACCUUGUCAAACUAAUGGAUCAAAGGAAGUGCAAUUGCGUGGCAUUGGACAAGUGAAGGUAAGUGAUUAUGAGUACUCUGUAGGGAUCAUCAAGAAGUUGGAACACGAAGGGCUUAUAGAAACAGAUUUCAGAGUGAAGUUCUUGACUUGGUUUAGCUUGAAAGCCACGACACAAGAAAGAAAGGUUGUUCGAGUCUUUAUAGACACCUUUGUCGAUGACCAUUCAAGUUUGGCAGAACAACUCAUGGACACAUUCAUGGAUGAGAUAUGCAUGGAGCAGAAAGUCGACCUACAUGCAAUCUACAGUAAAUUCUGGCAUUAAACAAACAUCUACUUUCUGAAAUUAGCUAGGGGAUAAACUUUGCACAGUUGAUGUGAUGCUACUAACCAAUCUUUGACAACUUAUGCUCUCUGAAAAUUAUUCUUGUGAAUCAUAGCUGUUAUCUCUAGAGAUAAAAGAGAGGUGUCUGUUUUGUGCAUGAAACUCAAUCUUGAAGUAAACCUGUUAUUUGAACAGGAUUUGAUGUUGUUGGAGAUAACAUUUCCAGAAAGAUGGGAAACCUUUUUCAUGAACCAAA